UUAAUUUUAGGAAAGGGCACAACAAGCCCAACAGAAGCGACGCGAGGCAUGUUGUCUGUUAACCAGUGUAAUCACAGAGGAUCAGGGCAUGCUGCAACACCUUAAAAACAUCAUCACAGGCAACACAGUGUCUCCUUGGGCCAAGAAACAGGACAGGGUCAUCCUUCUUUUUGAAGAUGAUGAACAAGUGGACAAAGUCAUGCACUUCUUGUCUGAAGUACUCAAACGUACUGAGACAGACAAGAAGUCUGCAGAUCCAGUGGCAUUCGUAAUGGAUGUACUUUUGCCAGAGGCAACAGUAUACGCCCUCGGAGCUGUUCACUCCAUCUCCCUGGACAAAGCCAAGGAGAUGUACAUGCGUGGCACAGAGUUUGACUCAAGGUAAG